AUGGCAACCGUCAGAUUGGCAGAGUGGGAUGAACUGCCCGAGCUCGCAAGAAUCGGCGCUGCCGCCUUUGGCCAGGACGAGAUCUAUCUCCACUUCAACCCAUGGCGAAGCGUAUACCCCCAAGACUGGCACGACAGCUUCCUUCACACUCUGCAGGGAAGGUUUGCAGAGGCCGGAAGCGUUGUGUUGGUCAUUGAGGUGCGGCACAAAGAGGGGGAAAAACCUGUCAAGGCGGGCUAUAUCACCGCUACUCGGAGAGGUGCAGAUAAUCGACCCCUCUCGUCGUGGAUGCAGCAGCGGUCGACUUGGGGUCUUCAGAUUGCUACGCCUGCUCAGCGGAAAGAAGCGUCACGGCUCGUCACCAACCGCAGCUCCAAUCCAGACGCCAUCGCAUAUUACUACGCCGAGGCCUCCAGGAUCAUGGGAGGUUCUCUAGCCAAUACGAUGGAAGUGCAAACGAUAGCUGUAGUGCCCGGCUUUCAGCGCGCGGGCAUUGGAAAAGUCGCUCUGAAGUGGUGCUUCGACAUGGCCGAGGCGGAGAAUGUCCCUGUGGUGGGAGACGCGUCGAAGAAGGGGAUCAAUCUGUACUUGCAGACGGGCUUCAAGAUUCAAGGUACCAUUGUCAUGGAAGCGAAAGUGGCUCGUUUGGAUGGAAGGGAUGAUGUUGUGGUGGAGAUGCCACGUCUAGAGGUUCCGGUUGUCACAUGGACACCUGGAACUCCUCGUCGUGUUCGUCUCGUCUCGGUAUUGUAA